AUGGAGAAGCAGGCCCCGGUGGGCCCCAGGCCACUGGAGGGACUGGAGGAGGCCGGAAGAGAGAGCUUCGCCAUCCCACCUGGGGUCACCCGAGAGUUCCCACACUGGGUCGUGCCGCAGCAGGAGGGCAUGCCGCAUCGCCUGGACGCCCACUGGCAGGAGUUCCUCAAGGCCGUGCAGCCGCCCCGCACUGGAUGGGGAAACCCACAGCUGCCAGAACUGGCCUCCUGGGAUGACCUGGUCACUUUCGAGCGCGUGUUUGGUGCCUGCCAAUGGCCGAGAGGCGACGGGCUGAGCCGACUCAUGCCAGCCUUCAGCGCAGAAGCCCGGCAAGCGUUCAGCAGCCUGAAUUCCAGGGACAAAGUAGACUACGGGAAGGUGAAGGCCAUCUUCCUGCAAGGAAACUCCCCUAGCACGGAGAUCCACCGCCAGCGCUUCAGGCAGUUCUGCUACCAGGAGGCUGAGGGGCCCCGUGAGGUCUGUAGCCGUCUGCGGGAACUGUGCCAUUGCUGGCUGGAGCCAGAGAGCCGCACGAAAGAGCAGAUCGUGGAGCUGCUGAUCCUAGAGCAGUUCCUUACCAUCCUGCCCCAGGAAAUCCAAAGCCAGGUCAGGGAGCGCAGCCCGGAGACCUGUGCCCAAGCCGUCGCCCUGGCCGAGGGGUUCAUUUUGCGGCAGCAGGAAAGCGAGCCGCAGGAGGAACAGGGUCCUGAGCCAUUCCAAGAGGCGGCUGUGGACUUUUCUGAGGCACAGAGAGUUCCACUGGAUGCCAGGCCGAGGCAGGCUGGCAGGGAGACCAGGAAGCAGGAGAACAGCAAUGCCUGCUCACUGGGUGCCAGUCUCUCGGGCAGGACUGAGGAGUCGCAUGACCCCCAGGAGCCUAGGGAAGAGGAAGCACUCCCAGCCUCCGAGGGGUCCCAGAGAAAAGAGAAAUCUCACCUCUGCAUUGAGUGUGGCAAAAGCUUCACCCGGCCCUCCGACCUGGCUAAGCACCUGAACGUCCACACAGGAGAAAAGCCCUACCUGUGCAUUGAGUGCGGGAAAAGCUUUAGCCAGCUCUCCCACCUUACGAGGCAUCAGAAAAUCCACUCCGGGGAGAAGCCUCACAUCUGCUCCGAGUGCGGAGACACAUUCAGCCAGCGGGCCUACCUGGUCAGCCAUCAAAGGAGCCACUCGGGGGAGCAGCCCUACCGCUGCUCGUACUGCCAGAAAUGCUUCAGCCACCAGUCAGCUCUGAAGAUACACGAGCGCAACCAUAUGGGCCAGAAGCCCUACGCCUGUGCUGACUGUGGGAAGCGGUUUGUUUCCUCUUCCUCCCUUACCACGCACAGGAGGAUCCACACGGGAGAAAAGCCCCAUGCCUGUGGGGUCUGUGGGAAAAGGUUUAUCCAGCAUUCCAAUCUUGUCUCACACCAGCGAACCCACUCCGGGGAGAAGCCCUUCUCCUGCAAGGUGUGUGGCAGGAAGUUUGCCUAUCCUUCCGACCUUACGCGGCACCAAAAAAUCCACACAGGAGAGAAGCCCUACCCCUGUGAUGAGUGUGAGAGGAGGUUCACAAGGCUUUCUGACCUUAUUACACAUCAGAGAAUCCACACUGGAGAAAAACCCUACCGCUGCCUCGAGUGUGGGAGACGAUUCAGGCAGAGGGGAGUGCUGGUGAAACACCAGAAGUGCCAUUUAAAGGAAAACCCAAAAGAGAGCACGUCUGGGCAAAUGGAGGUGCAGGCAAACAGUGAGUUCCAAGUUCAUGGGAUCAAGCAGGAAAAAGAAGAACUGGAGAAUCUGGCGGGGUCCAGCUUGAUCCUGUCUCCCAGCUCUUGA